AUGGGGAAUAUAAAGAUGGAGAGAGAUAGAGUGCCCACAAAAGUAUGCAACAUAUUUCACAGUUCGAGGCAGAUGGCGAUGGAAAAGGACAAAACAGACCCAAGGGAAGCCCCCACUGUCGCCACACGCCCACUCGCCCAUUCUCAAAAGCGUGACUGCUACUUGCAGAAUCCCCGAGAUCCCCUUACGCCCCCUUCUUACCCACCCCUGAAUCACCCCUUCCUUUUGAAGAAGAAUUUUUGA